AUGGAUGGAUCACUGAAUUUUAACCGGACGUGGCAAGACUACAAGAGAGGUUUCGGCAGCGUGAAUGACAAGGGGGAAGGAGAAUUCUGGCUAGGCAAUGAAUACCUCCACUUGCUAACCCUGAGGGGCUCUGUGCUUCGGGUUGAAUUAGAGGACUGGGCCGGGAACCUGGCUUAUGCAGAAUAUCAUUUGAGGGUAGGCUCUGAGACAGAAGGCUAUGCCUUGCAGGUCUCCUCCUACAAGGGCACGGCGGGCGAUGCUCUGAUUGAGGGCUCCGUGGAGGAAGGCACAGAGUACACUUCUCACAAUGGCAUGCAGUUCAGCACCUUUGACAGGGAUGCAGACCAGUGGGAAGAGAACUGUGCGGAAGUCUUUGGAGGAGGCUGGUGGUACAACAACUGCCAGGCAGCCAAUCUCAAUGGCAUCUAUUACCCUGGGGGCUUCUAUGACCCCAGGAACAGUCUUUAUGAGAUUGAGAACGGAGUGGUCUGGGUUCCCUUCAGAGGAGCAGAUUAUUCCCUCCGGGCUGUCCGCAUGAAAAUCAGGCCCCUGGUGACCCAAUAA